AUGACUCCAUCUUUUCUUCAACCUCAUUGUUCCUUCCUCAUCAACAUCGUUCUCUUCCUCACACUCUUUUUAAUCCCAACACAAGUCAAUAGUGAUGCUAAAAGCUACAAAUCAUGUGCACCUUUUACCUGUGGAAACUUCACCAACAUUACAUAUCCAUUUUGGAAUAUCAACGAUCAACCAAGUUAUUGCGGCCAUCCAAACUUCACGCUCGAUUGUCAGAGAAACAACUUGACUAUUGACAUCAACUCACAAAAGUUUCAUAUCAUUGAUAUGAAUCAAACAUCACAACUCUUGAAGAUUGCAAGGUUGGAUUUAUGGAGUUAUGAUGCUGCUAAUGUCACUUCUUGUCCAAAUACUAAUGUGAGCUUGAAUUUGGAUUUCUUCAAGUACACUUCCAAUGACGAGAAUUAUAAUUUAUUGUCCGAUUGCGACACUCUUCCUACUAAUUCAUAUGGAUCUCCUUUGAGUUCAGAAGUUUCUCAAGAGAUUUAUUGCCUCAUAGAUAGUAAACCUCAAGAUGCAUAUUUAGUAUUAAAUACUAAAAUGGCGGAUUUCACGAACCUAGAGUGUAAGAACAAUAUCAAAGUUUAUGGGCCAAAAAGCUCUAUUAUAGAAGAUUCUGAUACAAGAGUGGUGAAUGUUUUAAAGGAAGGGUUUGAGGUUGGGUGGAGUGUUGUGGAGGAAGAUAUAUGCAAUUAUUGCAAGAAAUAUGGUGGGAGAUGUGGAUACAAUACAACCAAAAAUGCAUUUAUGUGUAUUUGUCCUAAUCAACUGUCUUUUGGUGAUUGCGGAUUUUGUCGCCAGAAUUCAACAACUGCUAUUUGGCCGGAUGAGUCGGGUUGCAUAGGAUCCAAGUUGUUUAAAUCUGCGACACCAUCACCCCUAUCAGAACCAUCUUAUGGAGAAACACCAGUGCAAGCAUUUGUACCAGCUUUUGAUUCAGAUUCGAAAAAGUCUCCUUACGCUUCGAGUAUGUAUUCUUCCUUCCCCUGA